GUGUGUGUGUGUGUGUGUGUGUGUGUGUGUGUGUGUGUUUGAGAGACAUGGAGGAGGCUGGAAGAGAGAUAGAGGGAGAGAGACAGUGGACAGGAGCCACAGUGACACGGGGAUUGAAACUCAGGAAAACAAAGCAGGGGAGGACAGAUGCAGAGACAGGACCCAGGUUGGCGGGGUGGAGGUGGCAGGGGAGGCAGGAGGCGGUCUGCAGGGACUGCGCCCCAGGAGAGGGGGCGGGGCAGGGCAGGGAGGGGGCCACCUAGUCACAGCUUCCCAGCCUCCACCACCCGCCGCCAUCCUGCCCGCCAUCCUGCCUGAAGCAGCAACAGCCAUGUCCAACAACAUGGCCAAGAUCGCGGAGGCCCGCAAGACGGUGGAACAGCUGAAGCUGGAGGUGAACAUCGACCGCAUGAAGGUGUCCCAGGCCGCUGCCGAGCUCCUGGCCUUCUGCGAGACUCAUGCCAAAGACGACCCGCUGGUGACGCCGGUGCCAGCAGCAGAGAACCCCUUCCGUGACAAGCGCCUCUUCUGCGUCCUGCUCUGAACCCUCCCUCUUUCUACCUCCCCAUCCCCGCCAAAGAAUGAACUCAAUAAACUGUGGUGACUGUG